AUGUUCAAAAAUUUCAAAAAAAAACACGGUGGAUUCUUUGAAUCCAAGCAAUCCAAUGCUUCAGAAAGCGAUCGCGGCCAAGAUCUAUCAUCGAUCUUGGACCGGUCGCAGCGUGCUGACUUAACUGUCCUCGUCGCUGAGGUAGCCGAGUCAAUGCGGGUUCGCAUUUUAGAGAUUUAUGAGCACACAAAUCCAAAAGAUAACUCUCCCAAUCGCUCGAAUCCGCGUCCAUCCCCGGAGGCGGAACGCGAUGAAGACACGCCACCCUUGCCCCCAAGGCCACAAGGCAAGGAGGCUUCAGGAAACAACGGAAGCCCACGGCAUGGCUCUAAUGGCAAGCCGUUGAGUCUUCAAGCAAAAGUCACUGCUCUCUCUGCCUUCGAGGAUUGGAGGGAUUCUGUCCUUUUGCGUGUUGGCGCGGUCGUCAAUAAAGAUGACGAUGGUCAGGGGGAAAGGGAAGGCCAAGAAGAGCUGCAGGACGCUGCCAAGUCUGAUAUUCCAUUGGAUGAGGAUAAAGAUAGAAUGGCCAAAUUACAAGAAAUAUACCAUCCUGUGGAAACACCCUUGGCUGAACUCCCUAAAGCAACAAGACUGCUUAUUCUUCACUCCCUUCUCCUUUUAAUGCUCAGCCUAGAGCACUACAGUGCUUAUUCAAGAGUCUUGAUGUUGAAUGUCACAUCCAGUCUGAACAUAGAUAUCAACAUACUCAAUCAAGACGAAGUCAGUGUCGCUCGCGGCUUGCUGCAGACAGCUUUGGCGCUUUCAGCAGACCAAGAUACCAAAGAGCAACCAAAGAAAAAAGAUGACAUGAGGAAAUGGAAAGUGGGCAUUGCAUCUGUGGCUGGAGCAGCAUUAAUUGGCCUCACUGGCGGACUCGCAGCCCCAUUGGUAGCGGCGGGCCUGGGAACUGUCAUGGGCGGAUUGGGACUUGGCGCUACCGCUGCUGCUGGGCUUCUGGGUACUUUAGCCGGGAGUAGCGUCGUUGUCGGCGGUCUGUUUGGCGCUUAUGGUGGGCGUAUGACUGGUCGCAUGAUGGAGAAGUACGCACGUGAAGUGGAUGACUUUGCAUUCAUACCGAUCCGAGGAGAACGCCGCCGGAACGGGAAAGAUAAGCAGUCUGCAGACAAAGAGUCUGCGGAUAAGAAGUCUGCUGAGCAAGAUCAUCGUUUACGAGUUACCAUCGGUGUCACCGGUUGGGUCAAGGAGGAGUCGAACUUCGUGAUCCCAUGGCGGGUGAUUGGUGCCGACUCUGAGGUGUUCGGUCUUCGCUGGGAGAUGGAGCCUUUGAUGAACUUGGGUAACGCGAUCUCGGCUCUUGUGACUAGCGCAGCAUGGUCAGUUGCCGGACGUGAAGUCUUGGCUCGUACUGUCUUCUCCACGAUCAUGAGCGCGGUGAUGCUUCCCUUGGGUCUUAUGAAAGUCGCUGGCGUCGUUGACAACCCGUUUAGCGUGGCAAAAGCCCGCGCCGACAAAGCUGGUGAGGUUCUCGCUGAUGCCCUGAUCAACAAAGCCCAGGGAGAACGACCCGUGACCCUGAUGGGGUAUUCUCUGGGAUCUCGGCUGAUUUUCUCCUGCCUCCAAAGUCUAGAAAGGAGAAACGCCUACGGCCUGGUCGAGUCGGUCAUUGUGAUGGGCUCACCCACCCCUUCAGACACAGAAGACUGGCAAAGGAUUCGCAGUGUCGUAAGCGGACGUGUUGUGAACGUGUUCUCUGAGAAUGACUCUGUCCUGGCUUUCCUCUACCGAACAAGCAGCCUUCAACUCGGUGUCGCCGGAUUGCAGCCAGUUGAAGGUGUUCCAGGUGUUGAAAACCUCAACGUUAGCGAAAUGAUCAGCGGCCACCUGCGGUACCAGUUUCUGCUUGGCAGAAUUCUGGCUCUUAUCGGGCUUCAGGACCUUGAUCCUAGCGAGAUUGAGCGCGAAGAAGCUGCUCUCGCUGACGAGGACAAGCGACAGGAGAAGGAGCGGUUGGAGAAUGAGCGUGUGGCUGGUGUUAAAGACCGGGAAUCAUCUGAUGCUCGUAAGACCCUGAACAGCGAAGAUGGCUUUGGGGAAGAUGCACGGUUGCAGAAGAAGGUCGAGGCGCAGACUCAGGAAAACAUGACGACGCACCGGAUUGAAAUGCUUGAUAUAGACGACUAUGAUUAUUCAGCGCCGUUGAAGGAUGAUCCCUCAAAGCAUUCUGCCCUCUAA